GUCCAGGUGAAGCACCCAGUACUUCAGGAAGUGUCCUGGCUCUGCUGGAAAGUCUACAGAACACUCCUCACCUGGAAGUCCAUAAAGACAUGAUCACCUGGAUUCUCAAGAUGGUGUCAAACAUCAAAAUGAUGAGAGAGCGAACAUCGUCAGCCUCCUCUUAUACCGUCAGCCUGGAAAGAGGCUCUGAGGAGACGAUGAGGGACAAAGAUAAGGCAGAGAGGAAGAGGAAAGCGGAGAUGGCGAGGCUCCGCAGGGAAAAGAUCAUGGCUCAGAUGUCAGAGAUGCAGAAACACUUCAUCAACGAGAACAAAGAGCUGUUCCAGCAGAGCAUGGAAGAGCUGGAGGCGUCCACGUCAGCUGCCGACCACAGUCCUCCCAGUGCAGAGCUCACCUGUGUGUCCCAGGUGGCUGUUGGUCCCAGGAGGGUGGGAGGGACUGAGCGCCGACAGCUGGUCACCUGUAUCCUGUGUCAGGAAGAGCAAGAGGUCAGAGGUCACAGCAGAGCAAUGGUGCUUGCAGCAUUUGUCCAAAGGUCCACUGUUCUGUCCAAAAACCGCCACUGCAACCUGCCCAACCCAGAGCACCGUGACCCCCUGUUCAUGCACCCCGACCUCUGUCUGGGGAUUCACACCGCCAGCUGUGGACACAUCAUGCACGCCACCUGCUGGCAGAGGUACUUUGAGGCGGUACAGCUGAAGGAGCAGCGGCGUCAGCAGCGUCUGAGAGGCCACACGAGCUACGACGUGGAGAACGGCGAGUUCCUCUGUCCACUCUGCGAGUGUCUGAGCAACACCGUGAUCCCCAUGCUACCGCACACAGCCUCACCUGACCACAGUGUUGAAAAUCCUAGUUUCGAGGUGUGGCUUAAGACAACCAAUCAGCUGAUAGCAGCUCUGCACUCUGCACACAGGACGCAGUCUGAAGGUGCAGCAGAAGAGGCGGAGCCUGUCGUUCCUCAAGGGUUCAGAGUAGACUUCACGCCACAGAACCCAUUCUCAAGCAGCAUCAGUGAGAUGAUUACUACCUUCAGCCUGUCCACCUAUAAGGUGGGACUGAAGGUGAACCCCAACGAGCAGGACCCCCGAGUCCCGGUGCUGAGCUGGUCCUCCUGCGCCUACACCAUCCAAAGCAUAGAGCGCCUGCUAAUGGAUGAGGAGAAGCCACUUUUUGGAAGUUUACCUUGCCGACAGGACGACUGUUUGAGUUGUCUCACCAGGUUCAGUUCAGCGUGUUGGACUGCAGCUCCUCUGAAAACUGUUCACACCCACUUCAUCAGACUGUUGUCAGCUCUGGUUCCAGACACUCAGGUAGAAAAUACUCCGAGUAUCCUCGAGAUCGACAUGUUUCACCUGCUGGUUUACUCUGUGCUGGCAUACUCCUCCGUUCACUGUUUGGACCAAUCAGGAUGCGGUGUGGUGGACUCGAGCCACCUCCACCUCCUUCACUUGGUCACUGUGGCUCACCUGGUUCAGAUCCUGCUCACCUCCACCACAGAGGAGGUAUGUAUGGAUCAGGACAACAGUGGAUCAGAGGAGGAGGAGCUCACCUGUCAGCUGUACAGCACACUGAGGAAACACCUGGGCAGUGUGUUACCUGAGGUGUCCUCUGGGUGGCAGCUGUAUCGUUGUCUUAAAGCUGGUGUCCUGCCGUUCCUCCGAGCCGCCGCCCUCUUCUUCCACUACCUGAACUCCACAGCGCCUCCCGCUGAGCUGAUGAUUGCAGGUCCUGGUCAGUGGGAGGCACUGUGCAGCUACCUCAGUCUGCCCUCCAACCUGCUGCUGCUUCACCACAACCAGCAAACACUGCUGAAGCCGCUCAUACACAGUUGGUGUUGUCAUCCAGGUGUGAGACAGACCCUGCAGGGGGGCGGAGCCAUCAUCAGGUUCCCCAGAGAGUCAAAUCGACUCAUCGAGUUGCCGGAAGAUUACAGCGUGCUCAUCAAUCAGGCGUCCAGCUUCACGUCAGUGAACACACAGUGUCCGCGCUCAGGCGGGGAUAAGUCUCGCGCUCCCACGCUGUGCCUGGUGUGCGGUUGCAUGCUGUGCUCUCAGAGUUACUGCUGUCAGACGGAGGUGGACGGCGAGGACGUGGGCGCCUGCACCGCACACACCUUCACCUGCGGAGCUGGCCUCGGCCUAUUCCUCAGGGUCAGAGAGAGUCAGGUGUUGUUUGUAGCAGGUAAAACAAAGGGCUGCUUCUACCCGCCCCCAUACCUGGAUGACUAUGGAGAAACUGACCAGGGCCUCAAGUAUGCGUGGGAAUCCUCUCCACCUGUGUGCCGAGCGUUACAGGAAGAUCGAGCGCCUGUGGCGCCAGCACGGCAUCGCUGAGGUCAUAGGUCACGCCCAGGAGGCCAAUCAGGCGCUGGUUGCUAUCGACUGGCAGCACCUGUGAUGUUUGACUCUGCGCCGCCCCUGCCCUUAGAGAGACACUGAUUGGCUCUCAAUUGUGUCCCGCCCCUUUCUAUAUAAAACCACAUCCUUGAACCAAUAAGCUGCCUGCUUGAUGCUAAGUUGCUUUCAGGGAUUUUUCACCUUUGACCCUCCACAUGUCUCUCCACCAAUCAGUGUGGGACAGGAACAGGAAACUCGAAUUCGGUCCAGUGACGCCCUGCCUCCUGACUUCAAACACAUCACCACCUUCAUUUCUGAUUGGCUAAGAGCAUAAAGCAGCCGUCUCCAUGGUAGCAGAUUGAUGGAUGGAUGGUCAGUAAAGUGUCUGGUAGGGGUUGAGCUUCAGCUGAAGACUGAUCAGUGAAGACAUAUCAGAGCACAUAUCAGCGAUCGAUCGCUUUUUACUUUAGUUUAACAUUUUGCUUAGAACUGAUUGGUGGCGUGCUGUGUGAUGUCACUUUCUGUGUUUUACUUUUGAAUGCUGAGAAUUAUUUAAAACAUGGCGCAGUCAGGUCUUCAGCUUGAUGUCUUUUGUUUUUUGGGGGUAUUUUUUAAUGGCUGUCAGCUGAGCGCCUCAUUGAUCACAUGAUCUGUUAAUAUGUGAAUUCCUGUAUAAACGAGGACGUGUAUGAUAAAAACAAUAAAAACUUUAAAGUGA